AUGGCUAAUUGUAUAAUAGCAAAGAUGGGUAAUUUAAGACUAAUCCCCGCUGCUAUAAUGGUACAGACUCAUCGCACUACUACAUCAAAACACUGGAACCCUAAAUACAAAAAGCUUCGCAAGGAAAAAUUCCUUAAAGUUCCAUUUCACGACUUUAAUGAGGAUACGGAUAGCUUACCCGAAGAGAAAGUCCGACAGAAGAUGAAGGAACGAGGCUUGUUACCACCUAGGCCAUGGGUAGAGAGACCGUUUUAUAUUUCAUCUACAGGUGGCGUAUUUGAGGGCUACAUUCCUCCUGAAGGAGACGGUAAAGCUUCUGUAGUAUCGACUACGAGAGCUAAACAGACAGUGCAAUUACUAGAGAAAAAAUCGAAAUCUAUGAUGGCAAUACGUAAAAUAAAAUCAUUCGACGAGGACUUUGACACAAAGGGAUUUUGUCAACUAGCACAAGACAUUUACAUUAAAGCACAUGACAGUCUGGUUAAUAAAGACAAACACUUGCUAAGAACAGUUGUUACAGAAAAAGCUUACCCUGAAUUUAUGCACAACUCCAUAGGAAAAACCAUACGUUGGAAGUUUUUGGAGUCAUUAGAACCACCGAGAGUUGUUCAUGCGAGAUGUACUGAUGUCAUCAGCAAGGAGAAUAUUUUUGCUCAGCUUACAGUACGCUUUCACACUCGUCAACAGUUGUCAGUAUAUGAUCGGUUUGGACGGUUGUUGCAUGGUAGUGAAAUACUAGCAAAGGAUGUCUUAGAAUAUGUUGUGUUCGAGAAACACCUAUCCAAUGUAUAUGGUAGCUGGAGGGUGCAUGGAAAAAUUAUACCGGACUGGGCGCCACCAAAGGAUCCUUCUAAACUAACCCGUGUAAAGCCAGAAGAAAAGCCUGUACCGCCAGAUAAUAGUGAAAAUGAGAAGGGGAGUGAAGCUCUCCUUGCAAAUGAAUAG